CAACCCCAUCCCAUCCCAUGCUCUCUCGUCUUUGCUUAAUUCUCCCUCCUCUCUCUAUUUAUACCCUCCCCUCCCAUCUCCUUUCUCCCUGACCAGCCCUAAUUAACCCUAGCUUAGCUUAAAUGGUCGGAACCAGAUUGACCCGCACGGCCAUCGCCAGAGCGGCCAAACCCUCAGACACGGAGGCGGAGGACGCGCGCGCUGAUGUCCCCGACCUCCGGAGUGCCGUGGGUUUCCCGGCGAGACGGAGGAGGAGGACCGCCGCCAGGCAACGUCCGGAAGUUGUGCAGAACGUCGCUGCCCUGCCGUCCGCCGCUGCAGAGACCGGCCGUCUGCCCGGGGCUCGUUUUUCCAUUCUGGAUUUGAAUGUACCAGCCCUUGACCCUGAUCAAGCCGUGAAGGGUUUGAGAUUUCUCCUGCAAAAGGAGCUUAGUCACAGCGAUGCUAGUUCCCUUGGAAGAAUUGUUCUUCCAAAGAGAGAGGCAGAGGCUCACCUUCCAGUUCUUACAGCUAGACAUGGUAUUGAAAUCAAUAUGGAUGAUUUGGAGACCUUUCAGGUUUGGACGUUCAAAUACAGAUACUGGCCUAACAAUAAAAGCAGGAUGUACAUACUUGACAACACUGCAAACUACAUUAAUGCUCAUGGCCUUCAAAUUGGUGAUUUUAUCAUCGUAUACAAAGAUGACAAAAAAGAUAGAUUGGUCAUUCGAGCAAAGAAGGCAGCAAAAGAACAGCCUGCCUCCUCUGCAGAUGAUGAAAUCUUUGACUCCAUUGUGCCUGACAUUGUGGUGGCUAGUGUGAGGUAUUCUGACCUGUAUUACCCGUUGCUGGAUAGUGUGAGCAUGGCUUACGGAAUGAGCAACAUAUAUGGGGAUGGCCUGAACUAUGCCUUUGCAGCUGACUUCACAAUGGGUUUCUCAGAAGAGAGGAUGGGAAACCCUUCUAAUGCUGAAUCCCUCACAAGAUUUGGGUGGAACCCGUCACUUGAUGAUCUCUGGUGAUGGUGCUGUUUGAUUUUCUUUAGUUAUACUACCUUACAUAAUAAAUAACUCCUAAACAAACGUUGUUGCUGUAUCAUGAAUAAGUUCUGUUGGUCUAUCAAUGUGUACCAUAUGAUAUAUAUGGAUAUCGUAAUAUAGAGAAACUGGAGGUCGUGAUCUAUGUUUGAAUCUUUCGGCCUCUA